UCGCGAUUUUUUAUCUCAUGAUAUGGGAUUGUUACGCCGUGUCCGGGGUAAUUUGGCAUAAGCAACAGCAGAAAUUCGUGCAGUUGUUCAGUAUCCCGGAAUUCGCCGCUCUUCAUCAAGAAAUUCUGGCUAAACACCGGGCAACAGAGAAGCCUGACAUGAGCGGAGAAGUGGUGAAAGCUGUGUAUUUCGAGGAAAAGAAUAUGGUAAUGUUUUCCAAUAAUGAUACGAAAGUCAGCGGUGUUUACGGCGGCCUGUGGCAUGUUCUCGCGGAAUAUCUCAAUUUUACAUUUAUCCCAAUAAAAGUCACCGAUCAAAUUUUCGGUCAAAGACUGGAAAACGGUACUCAGAAUGGUUUAGUCGGCAUGCUCGCGCGAAAUGAAGCGCAAGUAAUUAUGAGAAGUGGAUUCUAUCCAUCUCGCUUCGAUGUUGUGGAUUAUACAACGCCUCUUUGGAGAAGCAGGUUUCACAUUUAUGUUCGACCGGAAUGGCAGUUCAAUAAUACAUGGGUAUUUACGUUAUUUUCGUGGCAAAUGUGGUUUUAUAUACUGUUUCUGUUCAUCAUCUUAAGUUGCGUCGGUUAUUUUUUGCAAAAAGUACCGACGGACAAGCCCAAACGCAAAAGAAAAGGCUCCGUGGAUUUUAGUCUAGGCGAUCAUUUUUUCUAUUCACUCGCCAUAAUGACCCCGCAAGGCUACGUACCCGACGCUUUUUACAACAAGUUCAAGAUCUUGUCGCUGUCGAAGAGUAUAUUCGCAUGGCUGAUAUUGUUAGCCUUUAGUUCACAACUCAUAUAUCGCAUGACAAAUAGAGAAAUGACGCUGCCAUUUAAGGAUGUAGACUCUCUCAUUAACAAUACAAAAUAUAUCUUAUUGGUGUGGCGUAACAGCAUCUUCUACAAUUCUUUUGUUCAUAAAUAUCGAGGCUUGAUCGGCAAACACGGUCCGACUGCGCGUGUGCGUUUUAUAGAUAUCGCGGAGGAUAUGCACGAUAAAAUUUGCAACAAGAUGAUCAAAUAUGCGAUGUUUGAGAUCGAGGACCGAUUUAUGGCAAUGAGCAAAAGCGGCUGCCCGCUCCAACCGAUGAGCAAUUUCAACGAGACGUGGAUAACGUUCGCACUCCAAAAGAAUUACCCCUAUAGGAAGACCAUCGAUACCGCACUCCUCAAAUUCAGAGAAAUCGGAUUGUUAGAUGCCUUUAGAGACUAUUGGCUUAAUACCAGAGUGGAGAAUAGAGAAUAUGGAAUAUUUAAAACGAUCGAUUUGCACCAAGUUUAUCUGAUUUUUCUAAUACUGAGUUACGGAGUGCUGAUAUCACUUGUGAUACUCGUUCUGGAACAUAUAACGUAUUAUUACGAAGAAAUGAAGAAUUCACGGCCAUAUAAACGCAGAUAAUAACAUUUCAAAAAUAUUUAAAAAGAAAUAUAUGACUAAAAGUCAAAUCUUAUAUUAACUUUUUAACUUCGGCAAACUUUCCU